GUCUUCCGUGACUAGCGUCACGGGUCACGUGUUCAUUAUGUUUGUAGCGCUUCCAGUUUGUCCAUAGGUUCGCGAAAAUGGGCACAGACUAUGCCGAACAAAACUCACCGUAGAGCGGUAGGGCUUUUGUCAAACAUCCGAUUAUACGUGCUAAUUCGGCCACUUUGGCGAUUUGGUCCGCGUUGACAGCCAGGAUGCUCUCCAACAUGGCCCACAGACCGUGGCAGGUCUUCUGCAGGGUGUCCUGGAGUCACAGAUCGAGGUUCCCUCAGCCGUGCCUUGGUUGGCAAACAGUGGGCAUGUGUAACUCGUGGUCCAGACCCCUGGACUGUCGAGCUGCUUCGCUGGCAGUGGUCAAGGUCCACUUCUACUCUACCUUUGGAAACAGGAAAGAUGGACCUCCAAGAUUGCCGUCGGAUCCAGCUGAAAAAGUGGCUGCAAAACCCAACAUAAACACACCAGGUUCUCCACUUAAGGGGCUCACCAAAGCAGAGACCAUUCAAGUGAAAGUCCGGGCUGUCCUGAAGAAGCGCGAAUAUGGCGCAAAGUACACACAGAAUAAUUUCAUCACGGCCGUCCGAGCCAUGAAUGAGUUCUGUCUCAAACCGAGUGACCUGGAGCACCUUCGCAAGAUCCGAAGGCGCAGCCCCCACGAUGACACCGAGGCCUUCACCGUGUUCCUGCGCUCGGAUGUGGAGGCAAAAGCAUUGGAUGUGUGGGGCAGCCAAGAAGCUCUGGCCAGGGAGAGGAAUCUACGGAAGGAAGUGGAGAGAGAGUACCAAGAAAAUAUCUUUCGUAGUCAGCAGCUGUUGAAGGAAUACAAAGACUUCUGGGGAAACACAAGGCCUCGAUCAGGCAAAAGGACAACAUUUUUACAGGGUCCUGGCAAAGUGGUCAUGGUCGCCAUUUGUAUAAAUGGGCUGAACUUCUUUUUCAAGCUGCUGGCAUGGGUCUACACAGGUUCGGCGAGCAUGUUUUCCGAAGCCAUCCAUUCCUUAGCAGACACCUGCAAUCAGGCUCUGCUGGCUCUGGGCAUCAGUCAGUCGGUGCGGAACCCUGACGCUGGGCAUCCGUACGGCUUCUCCAACAUGCGCUACAUCGCCUCCCUCAUUAGCGGCGUGGGCAUUUUCAUGAUGGGUGCCGGUCUCUCCUGGUAUCAUGGCAUCAUGGGACUGCUGCACCCGGAGCCUAUUGAGUCUCUAUUAUGGGCAUACUGCAUUUUGGCAGGUUCUCUGGUGUCUGAAGGAGCCACCCUACUGGUAGCCAUCAAUGAGAUAAAGAGAAGCGCCCAAAACCACGGACUCUCCUUUUAUGAAUAUGUAAUGCAGAGCCGAGACCCGAGCACCAACGUGGUGCUACUUGAGGAUACCGCUGCCGUGCUUGGUGUCAUUAUGGCUGCGGGCUGCAUGGGACUCACGUCGCUCACAGGUAAUCCAUACUACGACAGUCUGGGCUCGCUGGGAGUGGGAACGCUGCUUGGCACAGUCUCGGCCUUCCUUAUCUACACCAACACGGAGGCACUACUGGGACGCUCCAUACAGGCGGAGCGCGUGCAGAAACUCACAGAGUUCUUGGAGAACGACCCCGCUGUGAGAGCCAUCCAUGAUGUGAAAGCCACCGACAUGGGACUGAGCAAAGUGCGCUUUAAGGCAGAAGUCGACUUUGAUGGCCGAGUAGUGACGCGCUCGUAUCUGGAAAAGCAAGACAUUGACCAAAUCCUCAAUGACAUUCAACAGGUGAAAACGCCGGAAGAUCUGGAGAACUUCAUGCUGAAACACGGUGAGAACAUCAUUGACACCCUGGGCGCUGAGGUGGACCGCUUAGAGAAAGAACUCAAGCAACGUAACCCGGAGGUGCGCCAUGUUGACCUUGAGAUCCUGUAAUAACUUAAGAACCUACAAGAUGAAGAAGAGGAAAAAGGACACGCACGUCUGCCUCUGCCGUCUGCCUCCCAUUCCCAAUGAAAAGUUCUGCCUCCUCACAGGCCUCCGUGCAGGGACGCUUGAACAUUAUUGUGACAAGUUAAUGGUACCAAACAGGUUAAACACUAUCACAUUUUAUGACAGAAGUUCUCCUCCCAUUUCAACACAGGAAUGACUGUUUUCAUUGAUGUUUCCUCCCAGAUGACUUCACUACAUGGCAUCAUAGUACCAAUCAAACCACAGUGUUCAGCCAACCCCUACCUUUUGACACGCUUAAUGAAGAUUUAUUCAGAUUUAUUACAAAUCAUACAUGUAAAAAUUUGUUCAGGUUUAAGUAGUAAAUUUUGCAUAGCCUGAACUGCAAAA